AACUUUUUUGAUAAAUUUUUUAGAAGAAAUGCAGUAUUGUAAUUAAUUACCUUAAUUCUCCUUGCACUAAUAAAUGUAUAUUGAAUCUACAGUGUUUUGUUUGUCUAUAUUUUUCGCCCCACUUGGUUCUUUUAGUGUAAUUAGUUAUCAAAACACAAUAUAAAUGGAGAAGCCCAGGGAAGAAGUCUUAGCCGAAAGGAAGCUUCGAAAAGCUGCAAAGUCAUCGAAAAAGAAAGGCCCAUCUGGUAAUUCAGGCGAGAAAUCGGAGAAAGUUCAAUGUACAAAUGGGCCCGAUGAAGUUGAUUCCAGUAUUCAUACGCCCAGUCGUUUGCACAAAAUCGUCAAGAUCGAAGAGGUUUCAUCUCCGAAAAGUAAAACCAGCAUUGAUUCGGUCACGAAUGAUAUGAAAGCAUUGGAAAUAAUCAGCAAAAUGAAGGAAAAGAUAGCAGAAGUUAAUGAAAUUGAUCCGCCAAUUACCUCUAAAGAAAACGUAGAAAAUAGUACAACAAAAACGAAAUCUCAGUUGAAAGCAGAACGAAGAGCUCUACAAGAAGCUCAAAGGGCUGCAAAAGCUUCUCAAAAAAAACCAACCGAGGAAAAACCUCCUAAAGCGAGUUCGCGUUCUAAAGAAGAAGACAUCUCGUUAAAAUCGAAAACGAUUAACAAUGAUAAAAAGCCUGUGAAAAAUGUUGACAAACAUAAGAUUAAAUUGUUCAGUCACCUUUAUCGAAAUACUAGUAUCGAAGAAUCAAACAUUUUAGAGAGUAGUACGAUACCGAUUCAUAAAUCUGUGAUAAAGUUAGGAGUUCAAUAUAAAACUAAAGUCAUUAUUGGCAGCAACGCUAGAGUUAUAGCACUUUUGAAUACCUUGAAACAAGUUAUAUUAGAUUACACUACACCUGCGGAAAAAGAUUUUUCACGUGGUUUUGAGGUCGUCUUAGCUUCAACGACAACUUAUUUAGAUACAUGUCGUCCUCUAUCGGUAUCAAUGAGUAAUGCAUUGAAGCAUUUGAAGUGUCUUUUAUCUCAACUCCCCAAUACGAUUACAGAUAAUGAGGCCCAAACAAAACUUCGCGAUGCUAUUGAUCAAUACAUUUCGGAAAAAAUUGAUGUAGCUGGUAAAGCAAUUUCUUUAAAAGUUCAAAGUAAAAUUUCGGAAGGCGAUGUUGUAUUAACUUAUGGAUACUCCUCUCUAAUAGAACGAAUUUUAAUCGAAACGUUUCAAGCUGAAAUAAAAUUUCGUGUAGUAAUCGUGGACGCAGGCCCAUUAUAUGAAGGGAAAGAACUACUUCGAAGGCUUUCGAAACGUGGUUUGAAUUGCGUUUACGUUUUACUUUCAGCAACAAGUUACAUUAUGAAAGAAGCGAACAAAGUAUUGCUGGGUGCUCAUGCUUUAUUAACAAAUGGUUAUGUUAUGUCGAGAGCAGGAUCAUCUCAGGUAGCUUUGAUUGCUAAAUCAUUCAACGUACCAGUUCUGGUCUGUUGCGAAACGCACAAAUUCUCUGAACGUGUCCAAACUGAUGCUCUUGUAUAUAACGAACUAGGUGAUGCAGAAAAAUUGAUUGGCGACAGUUCUUGCAAGUCGAAUAAUAAUUUGAAUCUUCUAACUUUAAUGUACGAUGUAACUCCUUCAGACUUGGUUACAGCUGUUGUCACAGAAUUAGCGGUUUUGCCUUGUACAAGUGUUCCAGUGGUUUUGCGAGUCAAGCCAUCGAGUUCCACUUUAUAGGUUUGCAUAGAUUUGAUAUUUGAUAUUAUUUAUUUGAAUUUAAAUAUUUUUUAUGUAUGUAUUGUAAAUGAAAACUCUGUUGCUUAAAGCGAGGUAGCUAAAAAGUGAGCAAAUUAAAUAGUGAUACUAAUUGCAUCUCCAAUUCGUCAAAAUACUGAUGCAAGAAACUAUUACAAUACCAUAAUAAUCUGAUAAUUGGAUGAUUCAAAUGACGAAUCUCAAGUCAUUCACUUCUAUCUAACUGUUGUUGGAAAAUUGAAAGAUUCAAAUUCCUAAUGAAAUUGCAAAUUUUAAAAAGCAGAAGAACAAGUCAUUUAUUUUAUUGGAAAAGAAAAGACUAACUUAGUAUUUUUUUAAAAUUUUUGGUAUGAUUGCGAUUAAAUAAAAUAGUAUACAUAUUUAUCUUCUUUUUUUGUCGUAUUCCUUGAGAAUACCCACUUGUGUCGUUUAUUAAUUUUGUUUUUAUUUUAAACCAUAUUCUUUUUCUUUUCAAUGAAAUAUAUUAUUUCGGUUUAUUUGUCAAUAUAUUCAUUUGUGUGAACUGUUUCAGUAGUUUGACCCCUGGCUAUUCAUAAUGAUAGGAUAUGAACUUGCAUGAAAAUUGAAAUUUUUAAAAUGUGUCGGUAGGUACUAGGUAGGUCUAGGUACCAUGGUAUUCAUUCAAGCGAUCUUUAAAAAUGUGUAAUGAAAAUUGAAAAUGAAAUGAAGAUUGAAAAUUCACUGAUCGCUAUUUACAGUAGGUUGAUUUAAUUUCAGAAGAGUAAAGACUAAUUUUCAAUUUUGAUCGUAAAUAAAAAUUGACAAUUAUUAUUGUCGUAAUGUGGAUACAUUUUGAUAUAUUUUGAAAAAUUGGAAAAAAAUUCCAAGUAUUCAUAUUAAUUGUGAAAGCGAAACUAGCGACACAAACAGAAACACGAGAGCCAAACAGUUUUUAGCCAUCGCCAUCUAUGAGUAGUCACCGUCAUCAUGAAAGUUUUGUUCUUCGGGGUUCAAUCCUCAAUCACUAGUCACUACUUUGGGACGAUGAAGAAUUGUCACACCAUAAACGUGUGAUUAACUAUUUUCUUUUUUAAAUUUAGUACUUUGAACUUUGGAGGAUGGAUCCAGAAUCUGAGAAGAAUGAAAUUCAUAAUUCAGCUUCAGAAGCGAAGAAUGAUGAGAACAAAUCUGCGAAGAAUGAAAACCAAAAAGAUGAAGG